CUUCCCUCCAAAGCAUUUUGGAGUAAAUCAGUGAAGAUGAUGUUUGUAUUACUGAACACAAAGAUGAUCCAAAAAUAGUAACAUAGCUUGUUUACAUGUUAAUAACAUAUUAACAGACUUUCUAUCCGCUGUACAAAUACGGUGACAUAUGAGCUGUAGUUCUGUUGGGUUUAGUGCUGGGCUUUAGUUUCUCAGUGAAAAUGAAGCUCCUCUGUGGUGCUGUCCAGAUGUACUAAGCCAUUAAUGGAGCCUGUUUGCUAGAGCAUAGCAACUGCUGAGAGCUCUUUGCUUUACAAUGGCCCUAUUCUCUCUUCCAUCCCCAUCAACAGUUGAGGCAGAGCAGAGGGGUCAGUGGCCCUGUCCUCCUUGGAGAUGUCACAGACUGAGGUCUCAAGAACACAGCUGCCUAUUCACACUGUCUUGUUGUCAUGCUCCAGGCAGUCCCCAGCACUGCUGCCUGAAUGCCAUGCUCCACCACACAACCUAGUCCGAAUGGCUGCUUCUCAUAGUUUGUAUUUGCUGCACUGGAUCUUUGUCCUCUCCACUUUAGCUGCCAGAUCAUCAGUGAUGGCGUUCAGGGUGACUGAAGGCAGCACAGUGAUUCUCUCCUGCCAUUACUCAGUAAAGCAGCAUGGCCUAAGACAUGUGUGCUGGGGUCGAGACUGUGGAACGUUCUGGUGUAAUGACAUCAUUGUACAGACAGAUGAAAAUGGCGUCAUCUCAAAGGUCUCGGACAGGUACAGACUCAUCGGAGACGUUCUCUCUGGACAAAUGGACUUGGGCAUCCAGCGUAUACAAAGGACAGACAGCGGGCCUUAUUGCUGCAGGACAGACAUAGAUGGGCUUUUCAAUGACAAGAAGGUGACCUACACUCUGAAGGUCAUGAGAGCCCCAACAACAGUGCCGCCGACUACUACUACACUCCUCACCACGGAGCCACUGCAAACUCAGACAGUGCCUCAUCUGUCAGACCCACCCAGGGAAACAGAGUCAUCAAGAUAUGACAUUUCCAGGCAGAACUUAACCAUACUUAAUUUGGGGGGUAUGGUUGAAGAAGCAGUCCCAAACAUCACACUACAGAUCAACAUUCCCGUGCUAUCUCUGUCUCUCAGCAUCCUCUUGCUCCUGCUGGGUGCACUGGCCCUGCUGGUCUUCAAAUGUGGGUUUCAUAUGAAGGUGCUAGAGAGUGGAUGUCUCUCAAAUGAACCAAGGCACAUCAUUUAUGAAAUACGGACCAGAAGACCAGUGGAGGAGAACAUUUACACCCUGGACUAAGCGCAAAGCAGCUACACAAACUCACGUUUCACUUUAUUGUGCAACCUGUAAAAUUAAGGUUUAUGCUUCAAUUGACCUGUUCAUGCUCCAACCUUUUAUAACUGUUUUUUUCUUUUUAAUUUUGGGCAGUUUUGGCUUUCCAAAUUUACAGAAAACAGUGAAAAUACGGUGUUGCAACAUGUUAUUGUAAAGACUUUUGCACUGGUUUUGAGUACAAACAGCAAACAGUGUGUCCUGUUACAUCAGCUUUGGCAGACAACUCAUAUCUCAUCAACGCACCAUUUUUUAAAAAAGUCUAAUUUUGAACAAAAUAGGAAUAAAUGCUAUAGUAAAGACAUACAAAAAAUACUGCAUAUGGAAAGAUGAUAUUUACUUUGUUUUUCUGUAAAUACAGAGACACCUACAAUGCAUUCAGAAAGUCUUCAGACCCUUUCACUUAUUUUCACAUUUUGUUAUGUUGCAGCCUUGUGCUAAAAUAAAAAAAAAAUCCAGUUUUUCCCCAGCAUUCUGCACUCAAUACCCCAUAUAAUGACAAAGAGAAAACAGAACUUUAGAAUUUUUUACAAAUUUAUUGAAAAAGAAAAACUACAAUAUUGCAUUGACAUAAGUAUUCAGACGUCUUACUUAGUUGAAGCACUUUUGGCAGUGAUUACAGCCUCUGGUCUUUUUGGGUAUGAUGCCACAAGGUUUGCACACCUGGAUGAAGGUAUUUCCUGCCAUUCUUCUCUGCAGAUGCUCUCAAGCACUGAUGGGGGCCGUCAGUGGACAGCGACAGUGGUCUCUCCAGAGAUGUUUGAUUAGGUUUAAGUCAGGGCUCUGGCUGGGCCGCACAAGGACAUUCACAGGGUUGACCCUAACCCACUCCUGUGUUGCCUUGGCUGUGUGCCUAGGGUACACUGUCUUGUUGGAAGGUGAAUCGUCAGCCCAGUCUGAGGUCCCCAGCACUCUGGAUCAGGUUUUCAUUAAGAAUAUCUUGUACUUUGCUCCAUUCAGCCUUCCCUCAACCCUGACCAGUUUCCCUAUCCCAGCUGCUGAAAAACAACCUCACAGCUUGAUGCUGCCACCAUCAUGCUUCACUGUAGGGAUGGUAUUGGGCAGGUGAUGAGCAGUGCCUGGUUUCCUCCAGACAUGACGCUUAGCCAAAAAUUCAAUCUUGGUUUCGUCAGGCCAGAGAAUCUCGUUUCUCACAGUCUGAGAGUCCUUUAGGUGUUUUUUUGCAAACUCCAUGUGGGCUUUCAUAUGUCUUUUACUGAGGAGGUUGUGGCCACUCGGCCAUAAAGCCCAGAUCGGUGGAGUGCUGCAGUGAUGGUUGACCUUCUGGAAGUUUCUCCUGUUUGCACACAGGACCUUUGGAGCUCAGCCAGAGUGAACAUUGGGUUCUUGGUCACCUCUCUUACCAAGGCCCUUCUCCCCCGAUUACUUUGUUUGGUGGGGCUGCCAGCUCUAGGACGAGUCCUAAGUCAAGUUGCAUCCAAAGUCAAACUGUUAAGAUUGAUUGGUUGAAGUUUUGUUCAUGCAACUGAGAAUUCAGGAAUAAAAUGAUUCAUAAUCUAAGUAGAAAGUUCACCAGUUUCAGCUGUUUUAACUUCAUUAGCUAGUUAUUAUUAUAAUUGACAUUUUAGCCUAUGCCUUUAGCCUUUAGCCUUCUUGUCAUAUAUGUGAUCAGGAGGUCCAUGCUACCAGUAACAUAAAUAUUAUCAUAGAGCUCCCCAUAUGAAAAAUGUAGCAGUAUAAAAUGCUGAGUGUUGUGUUUUGAAGAGCGAUGCUUUACCAAAUUCUUAGUGGUUUUUGUUUCUUUCUAUUAUAUCUUAUUUUUUGUUAGUUCUCUUCAAAGAAAAUUUCUUUGUAUGUGUUUGUGUAUUAUAACACAUUAUCUUCAUGUUAAAGGUUUUAUCUGGAUGCAUUGUACAUUGUUUUGUUGAAAUCAGGUCAAUCUGUAUGGCGUAAUGGAAAUGAUGUUAUUGUCAGCUGUGCAUAUAAAUAUUGGAAUAUGAAUCUUUAAUAAAUACAGUAUUAUGUAACGGCAAAA